AUUUAAAAAAUGAUACCUCGUUUACUUAAAACACGAUGCCCAAAAAGACCGUGCAUAAAAGCUGCGUCGACUGAAUCAAAGGGGUCUAUACGUUCCCGCAUAUCUAAACGAUCUUCAAUACGUUUUUUGGAUAGCUGCCUACCCAAGUCUGUCGGAUCCGCCUCGCGUAUGACGCCCUUGAGCAAAAACGACUAUAUUUCUAUUCAGAAAACUGUUCUCGACUAUUUAAAGGCUUCCACUUAUAAUUCCGGUGCUGCUGUCCAAGUCACGACAAGCUCUAAACAUAUUGCAGUUACUGGUUAUGUAGCUCUCAUUCACGCUUUGCUGACCACAUUCGGACUCCUCAUUAGUGAUGGAGGAUAGUUUUUGAGUGUUGUCACCUGCACUGCACUUUCUCUAUGCAUUACCUCACCAGAAUGUAUUCCUACACUUGCAUCCCCUCUCAUUCGCUACUCCUCUCUAGGUGGCUAAACCUAACUGUCCUAAGUGUAAUUGUAAUUAUAUAAUCGUGAUAAACUCUACAUUUACAACGGCCAAAAUUGCAGGUCGUAGCCUCACUAUUUUAUCCGGAAAUUGUGAAUAGGGGCGGUUUAAUGUGCACAUUCGGCAACAACACCCACCCUUUCUCUUUUCUUUUCCUUCCCGAGGUCGCAUAAAACCUCUUUCUUUCACAUAUAGCAUCGACCAUGAAGCAGGCCACAAUCGAUUCUAAGAGCGCCAAAUUAGGGCAUUCAAAGGACCAUGAUCCCACCAGCUAUGUAGACUUCGACAUUGAUGAACAAUAUGCAUUGUUAAACAAACCACCCCUGUCCAGAUUAAGAUAUCCUCCCGUUACCAUGUACAAAAUUCAAGCACUGCUUAAAAAGCGGGGAGAUUUACUGGCUGACAAACGAAAUACAAACACGUUCAGAAGACACACCGUCUUUUCCAAAGCUUGGUCUGUUCUCAACCAACCCUCCGUCGACUCAGUUAUCUCUACGGUCUCUAUAUGGAGAUCUGAAUCGCAAGAAAUUUGCGUUAGACAACGACAUACAUGUACCGCAUAUAAGCAAAGUCUGGUUUUCUAUGGGGGAUGUACAAGCUUCGGGACCGCGUUACAACAUCCUAUUCUCAUCUAUCAAAUUGCCACAAAGACUUGGAUCACGCCAUCCCCUCAACUAGAGGACUUCCAAAUCCAGAUUACCUGCGACCUAUUUUUAGAUGAACGAACUUCGCAGGUGUCUUCAAAUACUUCGACAGAACAGACAAUAAAUUCGAGCAAUGUCGAUGUGUCAGACCAACCUUCGGCAGGCAAAAGCAGCGAAGCCUUGCUCAGCUUCACAUCACCCGAUAAAAUGGCUGCAGAUGUCUCUUCUUCCGAGAACAGCGCUAUCACAAACGAAAUUUCAGAACACCUUCCAGAUUCUAUAGAAAAUCGCUAUUCGCAUACAGCCGUCCUUUUCAAUCAAUAUAUCUAUAUCUUUGGCGGAGUUUGUACACAGACAGGACAAGUCACAAAUUCUAUUCUCGUGUAUGAUAUAUUCCGCAACGUUUGGAAAAUACUUGACACAGCCGAUGUCAAACCAGCUCCUCGAAAAAACCACAUUGCCGUUCUUGUGAGCAAACACAUGUAUGUGUGGGGUGGUAGAGACACUGAUUCGAGUUUCAAUGAUAUGUGGAAGUAUGAUUUUGAAUCGAAUCGGUGGCAUCUGGUCCAGGCAUCUGGCACGGUUCCUUCUCCGCGUUAUUCGCAUGCAGCGACGGUUUUUAACUCUCGAAUUUGGAUAUACGGAGGUUGCGAUGGAUCCAAAGAACUCUCGGAGUUUGUUUGCUUCAACACGCUUACGUUAUCGUGGAGCGUCAUCACACCUCACCCGGAAUCCACUAUAUUACUGCCAAUGCAUUCUCAUACUCUAUCGAUCUUUGAAGAUAAAAUCAUCCUGACUGGUGGGUCCAAUCCACGGGACAGCGCUAUGUUAGAUGUAUAUGUGUACUUUAUCGAAAAAAAUAGAUGGACUCGGGUUGAAUAUGUAUGGGUUCCAACUCCAUCAGAAGCUUCGCAUGUACAAGGCAGACUCACCAUUAAUACCAGGAGAGCAUAUAAGACAUCUUCUUCCCAUCAAAGCAGGUCUAGGAGGGAUAUGUCAUCGAAGGAUAUUCUUGCUAAAAAAAAUCGUAUUUUUCAUUCUUGUGCCAUACCCGCGGGCCCCUCUUGCACUGCGUAUAUCUUUGGUGGAACUAGCUCGCACACGUCAUCGAGGCUGGACUGUAUCUACUUCGAGUUUGAACAGGAGUCCCACAUGACCGAUAAGAAACUUUCGUCUCUGCCAAAGAAAGAAUGGGAGGCAGCUGCCAUGUCUUGUCAUCCGGAUGUUCUCGCACUUUCUGAGAAGCUAUGUGUGCUCACAGGCACUCCUUCGUAUGUGCAGCUAGUCGACCGCGCCGACAUAACUCAGGCGUUGGAUACGCUCAACAAUAAGCAAGUUCUGAUGAUGGUCUCGGAGUGGCUCGCGUUCAACGGUUAUAAGCAAACUCUAGCGCGCUUAUGUCAUGUUACUUCGACUAAGUAUAUCAAGCCGUCCGGAACCGGAGGCUCUAUUUUAGAUUGUUUAUUGAGCUUUGCCAAGAGAAUGCUCGACGAUGACACCAACAUCUGGAGUCAGGACGUCUUAUCCCAUUUGGUCAAUGACAGCGUCGUCGAGAACUUCGAUCAUCUUUCAGAGUGGCGUGUGCAUUCGGGGGACGAUCCUAGCCACGGCGUCAAUAUUUGGGAGGAAUUGAUAAAUUGCAAUAAUUUGAUUCUCGAAGGAGAUAAUGUCACUUAUGCCUCUCUAAAUGUGCUCAUUCAGCUUAUUCUAGGCUAUAUCGACACUACGAGUGGCAUUGAUAUCUCCGAAAAGGAGCGCAACAAUUUUUUGAAGCAGUUCUUCUACACUUACCAUAUUUUCAUUACACCUGAAUUCCUAUUGGAAAAGAUUAUUCAACUCUACGCUGUACCUGUAACGUCUAUUGCAAUUCGAGGCAAGAUGUGCAUUCAUUUACAUAGACUGUCUGUGCUUCGUCUGUUGGAAUACUGGAUGAUUAACAUCCCGUGGGACUGGGAGGUCAAGAGGUUGCGCAUGCGACUCAAGAACUUCUUGGAGUCGAGUCAAAUUUUCAGUAAGACAAGUGCAGGUCUGAUGUCGAAGGUUCGGAAGCUCAAAUUGAUCAUUUCUAAAUUUGCUAAUGCUCAAUCUCUCGCUUAUAAUAGUGGAUAUGAAGCCGGCACCGAAGAACCUUUCAGGCCGGAUUUGUACGAGCAGCCUGUCAUUCCCAGGGCUAUCUUCUCUGCAAAGCUCACUCUCAACGACGUUUCUGAGAUUGAACUUGCUCGUCAGUUGACGCUCACUCAGUUCUCUUAUUUUUGUUCUAUUAGGCCCAAAGAGCUCUUGAACAAGUGGGUAUAUCGACAGGAGCCCGACUACCACGCUCAUAAUUUGCGAGUGCUUUUAUCCUAUUCGUCAAGACUUACCGAAUGGACUCGGUUUUAUGCGUCUAGAUAUCAAAUGGGUAAUUUGAAGCUCAAACUCAAGCAAUUGGAUCGUCUUCUUAAGAUAGCUGGCUAUUUGAAGGCGUUCAGAAAUUUCCAGGGUCUUUAUGCCGUACUUAUUGGUCUUGAAUCUUCUAUUUCUCAAUCGCAGAAGAGUUUCAAGAAGGUCUUCAACACUCUUAAGGCGUCUUUGAUUGGACCUUCUAGCUUUCUUUCUCAUUUUAAUUCGCACAAGCCCUGCAUUCCGCUUCUAGAGCAUAUCCGACAGGAUUUUCAGAAGGUUCUUCAGUCUUCGAAUGAUUCAAUUGGGAGUAUUUUUGUCUUCGAUGGCAUCCAACAACUGAUCGAUAUUUCCAAAUGUGCCAAGCUUAAAGCGUACAUCGAUCAGUUUAUCGGUUUACAAUUCCGUCGGUACAAUUUUAUAUCGAUCCAUCAGAUUGCUGUACUUGUUCAAGAGAUUGGUCACCCGCCGGACGCAACAGUGCCUUCUUGAGAUGUGCUACCUUCUCGGAUUGGCGGCGGUUUUUUUUGUCUCUCGUGGAGUGACGCGGUUGUGAUUUGUGUGAUUUGAGGCUGCUUUGACGGUUUUUCUUGAUUUUAGCAGUUGAUGGUUCUAUUGUAUGCGUCGUAGUGCGUCGACGUAUUGUAUAUAA